UAGUACUAAUGGAACGCUGCACGAGCAAUGAACAAGCGAAUGCUUCCCAAUUUCGCGAAAUUUUCGCUUUACCAUUCAUUUGCCGUACGGCAGUUUGAGAGAUGACUAAUUAUUAUUCUGAAAUGCCCGUCCAUAUCGCAUACUCUGAUUAUGAUUUUCAUAAUUCACGAUUUAAAUCCAUGACUAUGUUUUUUCAGUCGCGCUUGAAAUUUUUUUCCCUUUCGAAAUCUGCCAUGAAUAGUGUUUUUCAGUUCGCGUACUGUAUUAUGAGCGUGUUGUAUUACUGCGCAGAAGGUUUCAUUACACUGUUCAUACCGAAAUCUUUUCGGACAACGAAAAGCAUCUAUGGCGAAAUUGCUCUGAUUACGGGAGCGGGAAGCGGCAUCGGGCGCCUGAUUGCCGUUCGCUUAGCGAAACUGGGUGCGAAAAUUGUCCUGUGGGAUGUUAAUACCGCUGGCCUGGAACAAACGAAAGCCAUGAUCGAAAAGGACGGCGGAGAAGCGACAAUGUACUUCUGCGACGUCACAGAUCUUCAGGUGUACGAAACGGCUGAACGGGUUCGUCAGGAAGUCGGGGAUGUUUCCUUGUUGGUCAACAAUGCGGGAAUUGUUAACGGACGAUGGUUCAUGGAUAUUCCCGAUGAGAAAAUCGAGAAAGUCAUGGAAGUUAAUGUGAUUGCUCAUUUUUGGACUUUGAAGGCAUUCCUGCCUCAUAUGAUGACAUUGAAUCAUGGACAUGUAGUAACAAUUUCCAGCAUUGCCGGUCGAAAUCCCACUGCCCGCCUUGUUGAUUAUUGUGCCAGUAAACAUGGGGCAUUGGGUUUACAUGAGUCAGUGGCUUUGGAACUGCGCGCUUUGGGCAAGGAUGGCAUUCAGAUGACCAAUAUUUGUCCGUUCUUUAUUAAUACUGGAAUGUUCGAAGGGGCUAAAGCCAGGCUGCCAUUUUUGUUACCGUUAACGGAGCCCGAUUAUGUCGCUGAGCGAGUGGUUAGAGCUAUUCUGCUUAACCAACACCAGGUGUACAUUCCCCGAAGCUUAUAUUUCCUCAUGCCCUUACGAGCGCUGCUCCCACGUAAAGCGAUCAUAGCUAUCGAAGACUUUUUGGGAGUUCAGGAUUUCAUGGCAUCUUUUGUUGGGCGCGAAAGAAGGAAAGUUACUCAAGACUGGUCGCGGGAUCGGGCAUCUGCUGGAACGCCAUCGUGAAUCAGUUAUAGCCAUGUUUCUCAUUGGCGUAGCGUUUUGUGCCUGUACAGUGACUGCGGUUGUUCCUGGAUCACAACGUUGCCUUGCCAAGAACUUGUUCAGUUUAUGUUUUAUUAGCAGACAGGUUAUUAUGUGUUAUGUCUUACUCAUGGACCAAAUUGUGAUCUGCUGUGUUAAUCCGGUUUCGGUUUUUCGUUGUAUAAUGAACAUUUUAUUAAAACUCUUGAUGGAUUCCAGAACACCUUUUCCAAGGUUACGAUUAAGAUUUAAACAUUAACGUUUUGCUUCGAAA